AGAAUUAUCUGGUGUUAUCUUCACGUUGAAACAAAAAUCUUAAACCGAAGUACGCAUAAAUGCGUACAGAGGAGAUUAAAUUUGACGUGUGAAAAGAAUUAUUUUAUAUAAUUUUCACUAAUAAUUCAGAAAUCUACAAAAAAAAUGUCAGUGAAACAGUUUGGUCAGCGUUUAUAUUACAUGCCAAGAAUAACGCGAUGGUCGAAAGGAAUUGGUGCAGAAUUGCCAGAAGAGUAUAAAAAGUUUUGGAAAGAAUGGAAAUUGCAAGAACCAACUGCUGUUCAUUAUGUUAAACAAGAAGGGAAAUAUUUUAGAGACGAGGAAACAGAAGUUGUGCAUCGAGUUCAAAAUGUACCAAUACCCUUGACAUACCCUAAAGAACUAAAUGAUGGAAUAUGGGGUGGUGAAGCUGUCAUACGUGGUUAUGUAAAGAAACAUCCACGUCGAUGUAGGGUUCCUCAUUUCUGGUUUCCUGUACUUAAAAAGUCUGUAGUGUAUAGUGAAGUUUUAGAUACAUACAUGAGUGUUGUUAUUACCAAUAGAACUAUUCGUUUAAUUCAUGAACAUUAUGGUUUUGAUCAUUACUUAUUAAAGACUCCUGCCUGUGAUUUGAGAUCUGAACUUGCAUUAAAGAUAAAACGCCAAAUACUUAUAGCAUUAGCAGAUAAAACUUUAUAUCCAACUGAUCCUGUUAAAAAGGAGGAAGUUUAUGCCAAAUACAAGGAGUAUAUAACAGCGUACACACGAGAAGAAAUUGAAUGGUAUGGUUUACCAUAUAAGGAAGCUUGUCAAAAAUGGAAAAAAUUAAAGGAAGAAUUAAAUAAAGUGCAGCCAUUGAAAUUUACAUAUAGGUCGGAGUUAAUUGCAAAACUUAAAGAGAAUAAAAUUAAAGAAACAGAAGAUGUAGAUGUUUCAUCACCAGAAGGGCAUUCAUCUUGGAUGUCAAAAUUGAAUCCAUUUACGAAGAGUUCAAAAACUGAAUAAAAAUAUAUAUGUAUUGUGGUUAUUUAUCAUAAAUAAAAAAAAAUAAGAGAAUUAAAUUUAAUACAGA